GCCCCGCAGCGCAGCGCCACGCCCCGCAGGUGCCAGCACGGAGCGCCGGGAGCCGUCGGCCUGCUGCGGUUUGGUGGGGUAGGACAGUUUCCAGGGUGCACUGCUGAGAACUGGCAUUCCUACCUCUGGCAAAACCACUGAGCUCCUUGCUGCAAGGAAGAGGCCGGGGCAGCCCUGAGCCAUGUCCAACGACCCUCCACCACCCUAUCCUGGAGGCCCCUCAGCACCGCCGAUAGAGGAGAAGCACGGCCCACCCCCUGCAACAGAUGGCAUCUCCCCAGCCAUGGUGCAGCCCCAGGGGGCUCCCAUCCCUCCUCCUGAAUUUGGACCCCCCCCGUAUGAGCCUCCACAGCCGGGCUUCGUGCCCCCACACAUGCCCGCAGAAGGCUCCGGGCCCUACAUGCCGCCUGGUUAUUAUCCACCCCCAGGCCCUCACCCUCCCAUGGGCUACUACCCUGCCCCUGGCCACUACCCGUCUCCCAGCGGCCACACGGCGACAGUGCUCGUCCCUUCAGGGACUGCCACCACAGUGACCGUGCUGCAGGGCGAGAUCUUCCAGGGCGCCCCGGUGCAGACAGUGUGUCCCCACUGCCAGCAAGCCAUCACCACCAAGAUCACCUACGAGAUUGGGCUCAUGAGCUUCCUGCUGGGCUUCUUCUGCUGCUUUGUGGGGUGCGAUCUCUGCUGCUGCCUCAUCCCCUGUCUGUUCGAUGACUUCAAGGAUGUGACACACACGUGUCCCAACUGCAAGGCCUAUAUCUACACGUACAAGCGCAUGUGCUAACAGCACCCUGGGAGCCUGAGCUACUGGAAUGACACCGGCCCCUCUCCCACUGCCGUCCUAAUCCACGCGUGUGCAGCACUCCUUUGCUUACCCUUGGUGGUGUGUAUGUGUGUCCCUUCCCUCCCUCUCGCUCCAGGCUGUGACUGCUUCCCCAAGCUCCGCUCCUCGCUGUGAACGGUCAGACUGGGGACGUGGUGUGGAUGCACGGGGCUGAGCCCUAGGUGCUGCGUGCAGGGCUCCCUCUGACAGCUGCUCUGCAGCACAGAGGAGCAGGGCACCUCUUGCUCCAGGGCAUCAGUAUGGCCCCUCUCGCCUGGAGCAAGCUGGGGAUGAGCAGCAGCUGCUGGAGUGCCCACCCCUCACUGCAGCCCACUGGACAUGGUGGGGUGGGGGGAGCAUGGAUAUGCUGCCCCGCUUGCUGUUCUGAGGGGAUGGGGGAAGCAAGAGCAGCUGGCAGAGCACACUGCAGAUGCAGCACGGCCACUGCAUUCAAUUGCAGUCCUUUUAGGAAGUGGCCUGGUGGAGGUUUGGAAUUGAGGAGACAAAGCAGUCAGUGCCACGUUCCACCUGGCUCAGGGCCCUCUCCAGCCAGGUCAGUAGAACCUAUAGGCAACGUGUCCCAGGUAGAGGCAAAUGGAGCUGCCUUCAAGGCACAGCCAGGGAAAGGGCUGCAGCACAGCACCCUCAACCAGCCCAUCCAUCCUGGUAGGGAAGCCCCAGUGCCUGGUGUCCGCUGCUGCUCCAGCUGCAUGCACCUCCUCCCAACCCUGCUGCAGGUGUUUCAGGGGAGGAAAGCCCCUGGCUGUUUCUCACCCACCUGGUAAGCUAUUAGCAGAAGUGCAUCCAGCAUGUUGCUACCUGCCCCAGCGCUGUAGAAUAGGGGACUUUGUUACCUGACUGCAGCUGGCUCCCAGCUCUGGAGCAGAUCCCUACCCACUUGCUGCAGAGCUGCACCCCACCCCAAGCCCAGCAGGGUCUGUGGGCACCGCAGCAGCACCCACCCUGCUGUCACCACAGGUGCAUCCUGUGGGGUUCCUUGUUGCAUGUGGGUGUAGGGGUUUACUUUUAGCUCACUUUACAUGGGGCAGAAAGAUGGGGGCAAGCAGCAACACAAGCUGCCAGCAGCACUGUGACAGACAAGGGCCGGAGGACCUGAGAGCCAGUCUCAAUUUCUGUGGGCACACCUCAUCUGGUUCCCCCUGCUCUCACCUCCUGCAGUCAGGGCAGCAGAGGUGUGCAGCCCCCAGAACUGAGCAGAGGGGCUUCUCAGGGAGCAUGUCUGCAAACAGCCUGGCCUGCAUAGGCAGCUGCUGUUUGCUCAGAGGUGGAACUGUGACACUAGUCCCAGUAUUUGUACGUAAAUAAACAUAAGACCCUGA